AUGGACCAAGCUGUCACCCCUGCUCGUGGUGACCUUAGCAAAGGUCUCUCUUCUCGACUACAUUUGCCAUAUCUGAACAAGACAGUGCAGGACAGUACCCGUAAUGGCAGCGAUCCUCAGUCAAGCACCGCUACUGAUGUAGCUACGAGAUCCCAACCUGCCGCUGCAGCACAAUCGGAUCCUGCUCCUCGUCCUGAGACUGUAUCAACCGUUAAUUUGAAGAUACCACCCUUCUACAUUCAAGACCCAGCUCUGUGGUUUCUUCAGGUAGAGUCUCAAUUUAUCACACAACGAGUAACUAGUGAGUGCUCCCGUUUCCACCAUGUGGUUGGUGCACUGCAACCGAAGAUGGCCAUGCAGAUAAGGGAUUUACUGCUGAACCCACCCAGCGUCCGCCCUUACACUCACCUGAAGGAAGCAUUGGUCCAGCGUACUUCUGCCUCUGCUCAGCAUCGGAUCAACCAGCUCCUAUCUGCUGAAGAGCUUGGUGAUCAGAAACCUUCUAACCUAUUGCGUAGACUGCAACAGCUAGCUGGUGACACUCCAGUGGACAGCAAAUUCCUCAAGGAGUUAUUUAUGAAGCGUUUGCCUGAUCAGUGUAGAGUAGUACUUGCAGCCAGUCGUGAGUCUGAUAUACAGCAGUUAUCUCUGCUAGCUGACCGUGUCAUAUACGUCAUGGAAGUCAUGCCACCCCAUGUCCGUGCUGUUACGGUGCCAGAACCCGUUGCUGAACCUCUGGCGGAGUUGCGUGCCGAGGUCGCAGCCCUCCGCAGAGAGAUGCAAGAUUUGAGUACUCGUGGGCGUUCUGCAUCUCGAUCGCCCACACGAAACUACGGCCGUUCGCGCAGUUCGUCGCAGUCCCGUAAGUCCUCAGGAUUGUGCUGGUAUCACGACAAGUUUGGCGACAACGCGCGUCGCUGCGUCCCACCCUGUGCCAGAGCAGCUACCUUUGUGCAGCCGUCAAACUCCCAGGCCGGUCGGUGA